AUGUCGUCGAGAGCACUCGAAAUCUUGCAGACCCAAGAUAUCAACUACACGAAUCUUAUCAAAUUUCUCGCCAUCGUCAGUCUUUUAUGUUUAUUAUCCAACGUAUUAACCACCUACUGGCGACUCAGAGAUGUCCCUGGUCCUCUCUGGGCUCGAGUGACCAAUUUGCAGCGGGUGUUGUGGGUGAAAACAGGUUGCGCUCAUGUGAUUCAUAGAGAGAUGCAUGAUAAAUACGGGAGCUUCGUGCGAUUUGGGCCGAAUACUGUCUCCGUGUCUGAUCCAGAUGCUAUUACAACAUUAUAUCCGAUGCGGAUGGGAUUUGUCAAGAGCGAGUUCUAUAAAGUCCAAAUGCCUUAUAGCCGGAAAGGAGGUGCGAUGACGGUUGUGUUCAACAGCAGAGAUGAGAAGGUCCACAAAGAGUUGAAAUUCCCCAUUGCUAGUUUAUAUUCGAUGUCUCGCGUCAUGACGUUAGAGCAUUUCGUCGACCGGACCCUGAAGGUUCUUUUCCAGCAGCUAGACCAUCGGUUCGUUGAGACCAAACAGGUGUUUGAUCUUGGGGAUUGGGUGCAAUACUUUGCCUUUGAUGUCAUGGGCACACUGACCUUUUCGCGUCGCUAUGGAUUCUUAGAGCAAGGUCAGGAUGUAGAUGGACUUUUGGAUUCCAUCUGGAAAUUCUUCAAGAAAGUGGCCCCUAUGACACAGAUCCCCUGGCUGGACACUUGGUGGAAUAAGAAUGCAUUUGUUGCUUCGUUCAAAGAACCCACAGGACUGGCCAUUCUGAAAAUAGUCGAUCAAUUCUUGUCUGAGCGACGGGACUCGCAUCAAAAGGAGAAAACCACGGAUCAAGCUGAUAUGAAAACCGAUAUGCUGUCACAAUUCAUGGACGUUCAACGGACCAAACCUGGAAUUCCCCACUGGGCUCCUCGGGCAUGGACCUUCUCAAAUGUGGUCGCAGGAUCCGACUCGACGGGUAAUACGAUGCGAACGAUCAUGUACAACCUUCUAACCCAUCCCCAGACGUUGCAUCGCCUCCAGGAUGAAUUAUUUAACCUUCGGCGACAAGGCAAUCUAUCCCAACCAUUCCCGGCCUUUAAAGAGGUUAAAGACUUGCCUUACUUGGACGCAUGUGUGUGGGAAGCGUUACGGCUUCGCCCGGCGUUUGCUCUCCCAAUGGAACGAAUUAUCCCAGAUGGGGGUGCUACUAUCUGUGGUCAAUAUUUCCCCGCAGGCACAACCAUGGGAAUGAGUGCGUAUGUGGUGAAUCGACACAAACCGACUUUUGGUGAAGAUGUUGAGAAAUGGCGGCCUGAGAGAUGGGUGGAUGUGGAUCCACAGCAGCGGCAGAAGAUGCUGGCCAGCAUUAUGACGUUUGGGGCUGGUCGCCGCGUCUGCCUUGGACAGAAUAUUGCCAUGCUGGAGAUUAAAAAGCUGAUCCCAGCAUUACUCACCAACUAUGAGAUUGAAGAGGAGACUCUCCCAGACUAUAUCGCCUCGCAGUAUUAUCCAACUCGGAUCGGAGAAGUCAUCAAGGAGCGGUAUCAAGUUAUCUGUAAAUUGGGAUUUGGGUCUACCUCAACUGCAUGGCUUGCACGGGACAUCGACGAUCGGCGUUAUGUUAUGCUCAAAAUCUUCGCCCAGGCUUCAUCUAUGGGCCAACAAGUGGAUAACGAGCUCAAUAUGUACAAACACAUGGAGCAGUCUUCAACGGUCCAUCCCGGUCGUGACGUGAUAAGAACGUUACUUGAUACAUUUUACAUCGACGGACCUCAGGAUAAGCAUCAAUGCCUUGUGCAUCCCCCGUUAUGGGAGAGUGUUUUGGCUUUCUUACGCCGCAACCCGGUAGAGAGACUACCCUCACCAGUCAUCGCAGUCGUUCUUCAUCGCCUAUUUCUAGCACUGGAUUAUCUUCAUACAGAGUGCCACAUUGCACACACUGAUAUCAAGGCUGAUAACAUCAUGUUCGGAAUUAAGGAUGAUUCAGUCUUCACUGACUUUGAAGAGUACGAGCUUCAAAAGCCCGUUCCAAGGAAAGAGGUAGACGCAGACGGGAGAACAAUCUACAUGUCCCAGGAACUCAAAGUACCCAAACAAGUCAGCUCCCCAAUCCUUUGCGAUUUUGGUUCGGCCAUACACGGUGAUCAGUACCACUCGGUAUUCAUUCAACCUCAGAUCUACCGAGCACCUGAAGUGAUUUUGGGCGUUCCAUGGACGUUUAGCGCCGAUAUAUGGAAUGUGGGAUGCAUGAUCUGGGAUAUCUACGAAGGCGGUUCGUUAUUCACAGGUCAAGACCCCGAAUUUGAAAGAUACCGGAGCCGAGCCCAUCUUGCCGAGAUGAUCAAUCUUCUCGGCCCCCCACCUCCUAGCCUUCUUACCCAAGGGGAGCUGAAAGACAAAUUCUUUUCGAGUGAAGGCAAGUUUCUUAUUCUCACGGCGAUUUCCUGA